AGAUAACGUACGCGUCACUAAACGCGCAUAUUCGAAACGCUGUGAUCGAUCGAAAAAGUUGAAAAUUAGAGAUCGAUUUUCUUUUUUUUUUUCUUUUUUUUUUUUUUUUUUUUUUAACGUUUCUCAAAUGGAGAGGUUAAAUGACACGAUUUGUUGACGACGAUCACAGUCGCGACGAUUAUAUAGACCAAUAGAAACAACGAUACCUCAAGAAAACUCAAUAGUUUAUUAUCUUUAACGGAUCAAUGUGUACAGAAUCGAUAUUCUUUUACGGUAAUAUUAAAAAAAAAAAAAAGAAAAAAAAAAAAGAAAAAAGAAAGAAGAAGAGAAAAAACAUACAUACACAACGCGGACAAAAGUAAUCGCAAAUUUGAUGCCUGCGACGAUUACAAUUUUUCUCCUUUUAUUCCUAUCCCGCGUUCAUCGAAUUAUUAUACCUCCGAAACUACUCGUGCUUCGCGUACCGAUUGCGCGCUAAUCGAAAGAACGGUCAUUUAUAACCGGACAAAAGAUAGCCGACUGUUAAUGUUUUCUUUCAUCACUUUUUCAUAUCGUUCCUAUAACUAUGCGAGAUUUGUUUUUUCGGCAAUUAAAUCAUCUAUAUCUAUCUAUCUAUAUAUAUAUAUACAUACAUAUAUAUAUAUAUAUAUAUAUUUCGACUUGUUGUUUAUCUUUUUACCCUCAUACUUUUUCUCCGAGUAUUUUUUUUUUCUUCUUCUUUUUUAACAAAGAAACGUCAUCGUUCCUACGACUUUCGUACAAUAAUUCGUACUGUCGAUCGCAGCGCCAUUUGACGAUAACUACGUAUCGAAGCGAACGUGCUGCCACCGGAUCGAGCGGAUUUUUGGCAAACCCUCACCGGUGCGAUAAGUUACAAUAUGGCCGCCGAGAAAGCGCGUUGCAUUACAUUUUGAUCCCAUAUUUUAGCCCAUUUAUAUAUUAUUUAGUGUAAUAAAAAUAGUCAGCAAGAUGAAUAUGUCUGUGGAGAAAAAGAAAUAUCCUUCGGCAUUACCAACGAAUUGGUCAACGAGGGAGGAAACAGCUAGGAAAAGUCAAAAUCAAUUAACGUCUACGGGAAAGGUUGAUGUUUAUUAUUACAGCCGUGGUGUAAGAAACGACGCAUCAUUGGUACCACCUAUAAGGCAAACGGCUUCCAUAUUUAAACAGCCGGUUACUAUAUACAAAACGCAAGAGGGAAAAGUAAAGGAUUUAAAGCAUGGUAAUCAAGAGAAACCAAAACAGGAAGGAGCCGAUAAAGCUGAUGGCAAAUACGGCUCCCAAGAUAAGCCUAAGCAGCUUUUUUGGGAAAAACGUUUAGAGGGCCUAAGAGCAUGCGACCCAGAUGGAUACGAAUUUGAUGCAAUGGAUCUACCAAAGUCUCUAAGGCCCGUUGGACCUUACAUAACCGAAGAAACAUUGUUGCAAAGUGUGGCAACGGCUCUUCACGUAUCCUCACAACCGGUUACGGGUCAAACGGGAUCUAAAACGGCAUUGGAAAAAAAUCCUGGUGUAUUUCUUAAUCCCGAUCAACCCCUCGUACAGGCUGUUUCUAUAGCGGAUGAAGACAUCAAACGACAAGAAGAUCGCGUAGCGCUAGCGAGAAAAAAAUUACAAGAAGCCUUACGAGGGAUGCCUACGUAAAGUCUCUUUUAGCUAUAUUAUCGAUAAUACAUUCUUUAGCUUUAAGUUCAUGUUAAUUUAUAUCACGCAUCAAUUUUUAUAAUAAAUGUUUUAUAAAAAAGAAAAUGAAAAAAGGAAAAAAGAGCAAAAAUUGAGGGAGAGAGAGAGAGAGAGAUCGAAAAGAAAAAGUUGGCGUCAAGGUGAAACGUUUUUUUGUGUGCUAAUUUAGUCUUAAGUCGAUUCCUUUCGGGCAAAUACUUAAUAUCCACAGAAAAAUCACGAUUUGUAAUCUAUUACGUUAAAAUUCUGAUUAAUGCGUCCUUACCUGCGUUAACUGGUCUCUCUAUCGCAACAUUUAAUAUUCCAUCCAGCAACUUUCUCGUCUGGCAUUAUCCAGGCAACGUAACGUAAUGUCUCGCAAAUACGAGACGCAACAUUCGAAGAAAGAUGCACACGCAAUCGGAUUCUAGGUCAUUAAACUUCCUUCAGCUGAGUUGCACGAAAGAAAGAUCAAAUUAAUCAGAUUGAAAUCGUUCAUGUUGGAAAGCGCUAAGGACAACCACUCGUAAUCCGAUAUUGUCGUAAACGAUCGAGCGUGUAGUAGGAAAUUCGAUCUUGUUCUGGUACAAGCCAAGAAAAAGAAAGAAGAUAUAAACGAGAUUGAAGGAAAUAAAGCGAAAGGGAGGAGAAGAGGUAGACAGCGUUUAAAAUCGAUCAAACUACUCUAAAUAUUUCAAGACUAAGCAUGCGAUAUAAAUGAAACGAUUCGUUCGAGAACGCUUUAGAUGCGAGCAAGAAACUCGACCUACAGUAAUCGGAAAUAAAAUGUAGACUCCCAUUAAAAUCUCGUUGCAAUUACAUAUAUAAUUUAAGCAGAGGAAAAGGUGGAAUAAGAAAAAGAACGGAAUGGGGUGUGGAAGAGAAGGGCAUAUUUAUUAUUACGCUGUAGGGCUUGGCUCUUUAGCAGCGAUUCAAUCUUUCUUCGCAAUUCUCGUCGAGUGACGGAGAAGAGAUAGAGAGAGAGAGAGAGAGAGAGAGAGAGAGUACCUAGAGUGAAAUCGUCGGUACUCGGCGAUCAGGGCGAACGAGCCCGGGUCAAUAAAGCCCUUUUUUUUCUUGUAAACGACUUUACGCUCGAGCAACGACGCGCAAGGUCUCACGGCUAGACGGGACAGAAGAGAAGCGCGAAAAGAAGAGGACGACUUUUUUCGAAUCAUUUGAAAAGAAGAAACAAAAAAACUAUUUCACGUACGAAGGAAAGACGAAUAAGAAUAAGAGAAGAAGAGUGAACUUGCGUUGUUGUGCUUUAGCAAGAGAGAGGAUAAAAUGAAAAAGAAAGUGAGAGAAGGAGAGACUCGUGCCAUCGUCUGGGAACGGGUAGACGAGAUGCCUUCGUUCGAAGCUCGACUCGUCAACAAAAGAAAUACCCGAGGC